ACUGGCUGCCAUAAUUGGAGGCGCUGAGGAUGGGUGGGAUGUGGGGCUUGGUGGUGGGUUCCCGGCUCACACAGCUGCCUCCUGCCUGAGCGCUGGGGAAUCUCUGGGAUCAACUACAGGCUGGAUCUGUGGUUUUGGAUCCUCACCUCAACAGUGACAGAUUCUCCACCCACUGUCCCCGGCUGCUGCACCCCUGCACCUCCACGUCUGCCCCCUGCCCGGGGCCAGGGCCCAGCAGUCAUGACAGACACCCCAGUGGAGGAAUCCCUCUUCCAAAUCAUCCACUGCUUCCACCAGUAUGCAGCCCGGCAAGGCGAUGUGGAGACCCUGUCCCUGCAGGAGUUGCAGGCCCUGCUCAUGGACAACGUGCCCCGCUUCAUGGACAGCUUGGGCCGGAAGGAGCCGUACUAUAUCACAGAACUGUUCCAGGCUGCAGACAAGAACAAGGACAACCAGAUCUGCUUCGAUGAGUUCCUCUACAUCUUGGGAAAGCUGGUGAAGGACUACCACCUGCAGUACCACCGGCAGCUGUGCGCUCACCACUGUGCUCAACACAGCCUCUACUAGAGGGAGAUCAGGCAGCCUCCUGCCCACCGGAGCCUGACCCAGGAGGAGGUGUGGCCUGGCUAUCAGGAACUGAAAGGAGAACCCAGCUGUGUGUGUCUCUGUGUGUGUGCACAUGUCUGUACCUGUCUGUGGAAAGGAAAGCAGUGUGAGAGAGA